AUGGUCCAAUACGGUGGUGAAGUUGUGAAUUCAAGUCCAUUUGGGACUCACACUUCGACACAAAUGGGGAGUGGACAUUUUGCAGAGGAAGGCUUCACAAAAUCUUCUUAUUUCAGAAACAUCCAAGUAGUUGAUUGGGACAAUAAUUUGGUCUCUUCUCCAAACCUCCAAGUACUCGCGAAUCAUCCAAAUUGUUACGAUAUUCAAGGUGGAUCUAAUAAAGCAUGGUGUAGUUAUUUUUAUUAUGGAGGACCUGGCAAGAAUCAUCCAAAUUGUUACGAUAUUCAAGGUGGAUCUCGAUCCUCUCCCACUCUCUCACCCCCCCUUCAUCAAAAAACCCUUACUCUGUCUGCUCUUUCUUCUUACCCCUCAGAAAUUACAAAACCUGCAACUACCACUCGAUCCUCAGGAGUUGCAGGCCCUGACUCUUUUACUCCUAACCACACUAUCCUUACAUCACCUGCACCCUCUUCUAACCUCUCAAAAACUUCUAAUCUUGCAACUACCACUCUUUCUUCAGGAGUUGCAGGUCCUGAUUCUACUCUCCCUAACCAUAUUCCCCAAAUUUCUGAUCCUAACCUUUCAUGUCCUUUUUCCAUUGGUUCUCUCCACUCUAAUGGGGGACCAAAUUUUUCUUCCUAA